AUGGAGCCGCUCGGUCCUGUCGCCGUCCUCGAGGACGCUGUCGGGGGGUCAUUUGUACUGGCAGAAGAAAUCACACCUUCUGAGAAACCCCAGAUUCGCGACACUUUUGAAAGAGCAGGUUUUCGGAAACCAUCACCGAAAGUCUACGCUUUACAUUCUCGUCUCGCUCUACCCAAGAAACUCCCCCUCGAGACCCUAGCCCGAACGUUAAGAGAUGCAUCAGCAGACCCCCACCCCAGCUUUAAUAAUGCAUCUUUGGCUUUGCUCGGCCACGAUCUCCUCGCCAAUUAUACCACCGAACACAUCAUCUGUACCUAUCCUCGCCUUCCCAUGACCGUGAUCUACGCCGCAAUGUACGCAUAUAUUGGUCCAAGGACACUGGCAGCCAUAGCUGGAGAAUGGGGUGUGGAGUUUGCUGCUGUACCUGGGCCCGAAGUAGACCCAGGUCUUUUGCAGUUUAAGCGGGUACAACCAGGAACAGAGAUUGUGCAAGACGCGAAGAAGACCACACGACCAAACACACACUGGAGGAAGUCGAUCGCAUCGAGCGUUGUCCACGGCGAUAUAUUCGGCGACCCAGAUCUCAGGACCAAAAAUCCGAAAUACGUCGAAUCCCGGCUCCCCGAUAUCGACUCCAUUCCUGGCGUAACCGCCGAAAAAGCCGCAUCAACAUUUGUGCAGGCGCUGGUGGGUGGUAUUUAUCUACAUGCUGGUCGUCCAGCGGCCAAGCGAUUCUUCAAGGAACAUAUCAUAUCCCGCCACCUCGACAUGACCAAAUUAUUCUCUUUCACACAGCCUGCUCGCGAUCUGGCUAAUUUAUGCCACCGUGAAAACAUCGAACCUCCUGUUGCCAAGAUCAUCAGCGAAACCGGUCGACACAGCAGGAAUCCCGUCUUCAACGUUGGCGUCUUUUCUGGCAAGGACAAAUUGGGCGAAGGAUCUGGAGCAAGUCUUAUCGAGGCCAGGACUCGAGCUGCAGUUGCAGCGCUCAAGGGUUGGUAUCUCUACAGCCCCUUGGAUGUUAGAGUACCUAGUUCCACAGAAGAAGAAGAAGGUGCAAAGCUAUGGAAGCCCGUAUACGUGGAUUAUGGGGAGAUUUUCGUCUAA